UUAUGCUUCACCCUGUGAAGCCUCCAGAGAAGUAGAGCUACACGCCGAGCAGGAGAAGUUCUUGGAAGCCUCAUCAGCUUUUUUCAUACUCUGGAGGCAAAGCCGCAAAGCAUUAAGAACUCCUUGGCAGAUUCAACCCGGAGCUUUAUGAACCUUGGAAAGUUAGAAGACUAAACACUGAGAAUCCGUAUUGUGUGACAGCUUCGAGAAAAAGACCGGGGAAAGCAUUAAGUAAAAAGAAGAAUGCAUCGCUUUCUUAUGCUUCCACUGAUGUCCUGCCGGCCAUGCUCCUCUCAGCCAAUCGCUGCCCAGAUUCUCCGAUGGCUGUCUAUUGAAGGGGCCGCCGGCGAAUGCUGAGCAGGCUGGCGAAGUCGAGGUCUGCCUCACUGUCCUGUGAUUGGCCGCUGGACGGGACUGAGGCUACAUGGAGCCAAUGUCCAACAAGCAGGAUAGCAACUCAUCAGAGGGAGAGGAGAAAGGGUGGCCAGAUGUGCCGAAGAGAAAGAGUAAGAAUAGCCAGUGUUCGAUGAAGAGCGUGUCUGCUCUUAGUGUCUCUGUUCCAGGGUACAUCCCCAGCUACCUGGAGAAGGAUGAGCCGUGCGUGGUGUGUGGGGACAAGGCGACCGGCUACCACUACCGCUGCAUCACCUGUGAGGGUUGCAAGGGUUUCUUCCGCAGGACCAUCCAGAAGAACCUCCAUCCAGCUUACUCCUGUAAAUAUGAAGGCUGCUGCAUCAUUGACAAGAUCACCCGCAACCAGUGCCAGCUGUGCCGCUUUAAGAAGUGCAUCGCUGUGGGCAUGGCCAUGGACUUGGUGUUGGACGACUCAAAGCGCGUGGCCAAGCGGCGUCUGAUCGAGGAAAAUCGACAGAAAAGAAAGAGGGAGGAGAUGGUGCGGACGCUGCAAACGAGGCUGGAGCCAAACACGGCAGAGUGGGAGCUGAUCAGGAUGGUAACCGAGGCCCAUCGGCAAACCAACGCCCAGGGCGCCAGCUGGAAACAGAAGCGCAAGUUCCUGUCGGAUGACAUCGGCCAGGGCCCGAUGCUGCCCACUUCCGAAGGAGAUAAGGUGGACCUGGAAGCCUUCAGCGAGUUUACAAAGAUCAUGACCCCCGCCAUCACGCGCGUCGUCGACUUUGCCAAGAAGUUGCCCAUGUUCUCAGAGCUGCUUUGUGAAGACCAGAUCAUCCUGCUGAAAGGCUGCUGCAUGGAGAUCAUGUCGUUGCGCGCCGCCAUGCGCUACGAUCCGGACAGUGAGACGCUGACGCUCAACGGCGAGAUGGCCGUGAAGCGUGAGCAGCUGAAGAACGGCGGGUUGGGCGUGGUGUCAGACGCCAUCUUUGAUUUGGGCAAGAGCCUGGCUCAGUUCAACCUGGAUGACUCGGAGGUGGCUCUGAUGCAGGCAGUGCUGCUCAUGAGCUCAGACCGGUCGGGGCUGACCAGUAUGGAGAAGAUAGAGCAGUGCCAAGAGGCCUACCUGCUGGCAUUCGAGCACUACAUCAACUACCGCAAGCACAACAUUCCCCACUUCUGGCCCAAACUGCUGAUGAAGGUGACGGACCUGCGCAUGAUCGGAGCUUGCCACGCCAGCCGCUUCCUCCAUAUGAAGGUGGAGUGUCCCAACGAACUCUUUCCCCCGCUCUUCCUGGAGGUCUUCGAGGAUCAGGAAGUGUGACUCGAAGAACGUUGAAAAGCACGGCACCCCUUAAAAAGAACCCUGGAAGGAAAUAAAUUAGGGGGUUUCUGUGACAGAGGUGGAAGUGUGGGGUAAGAACAAGAGUGGGGGAAAAACAAAUAGAUUUUUUUUUUCAGGGGAAACAUGCCCUGUAAACUUCUUUUUGUCCCUUUUUUUCUGUAACACCCUCAAAAGGUCCAGCACCUCCCAUCAGCAAACACACAUUGACAUUUCGAUUCCUGACACACUGCCGUGAACGCACAGCGCAAACAUAUGCAAACACAAAUCUCGUCCGUUAACUCCUCUUGCACCUCAGCUGUACUCUGCGCCUACACAAUUGCAAACGGAGGGGCUUGUUUAUGUCUCUACGCCCACCGCACUUCAAAAUAGUGUCGUUCUUUUUUUUCUCUCAUUUUACAUCUGGGACCUGACCAUUAGCUCCUCAGACGACCCCCCCUCCCACUGCCAUCUCCCAUGCAUCUCCGCGACUACAAUGGCGCCGUCCGUCCCCGGCCAACAGUCAGCCGAAGCCCUGUGAGUGUUUGUCAGCCUACCUCCCCCCCUCCCUCACAUACGGACCUCUCUAACUCUCUCCGUCUCACAUACUCUACACACAUGAUAUACGCGCGCACAAUACCCACCCCUACACUCUUACCUCAUAUGUCGUAAAAUGUAUUUCCACAUUAUUGAGUGGGUGGUGGUAGUCUAUUGAGAGAACAUGGUUACCUAUGCCUCCAAAACUGAUGUUUAUCUAGUUUAUCAUGCUAACAAGCUAAACUCAGAUGGUGAGCAUAGCAAAGUUCACUUGCUAAACUUCAGCAAUGUAAUCAAAAUGAAUCUAUUGACAUGUUAAUAUCAACACCUUAUACCUUUUCAUGCAAAAUAGGUAGAGACUAAAGUGAUGUAGCUAUAGGCUACAUAGGAAGUGUUCCCACUCCUUUUAUUGCACAGUGUCACUGACUGUACUCACUCAUUAACACUGACAAGUAAUCUAGACCUAGUAUACCUCUCCGACACAUACCGCCUGUUUUCAUUACUAUUAUCACACACACACACACACACACACGCAUAUUACACUCAGUUGUGUUUUGAUGUAUUACCUCAGUUGUUUUGUUCCUCAUCUCUUCCUCCUCCUCAAUAACGACUGGGCCACACAACGCUGCGUGUGUGUGUGUGCGUGCGUGCGUGCGUGCGCGCGCAUGUGUGUGUGUGCGUGUGUGAUUACGUCUUCACAUCAGAGCCCCUGCCCUGUUAAUCCCACUGUAGCCUGCCUCCUCACCUUCCACCAUCUUUUUGAUAGGUUCAGCACUGGCGGAUGGAGGUGGUGCUGUUGUCACUUACCUCUGCAGGCCCUCCCCCACCCUCACCCAUACCUGUGUUCAAGUCCUGCUUGAAACCGACAGAUUCUACCUCACCUCUCAUCAUCUCAGUGCAGCUGCCCCUCUGUCUGCAACACACUGACAUGAACGCACACAUAUAUAAAUAUAUAUAUAUAUAUACAUACAUACAGUAUAUUGUUGCCACCAUAGACCUGUUGCGUGUGCUGCUCUGCCGACAGAGACAGUACAGCAGGUCUUUUAAACGGGCCGUGGAUCAACAUUUGACAGCUGACAUGGCAGACAUUUUCUCCCCUUUUUUUUCAUUUUUAAUAACACACCACGAGGGACCAAGAGUCACUUUGGAUUCUGUUUUUUAUUUAGUGACAUCACAGUGUGCCGAUUGAACUUAAAGGAAACUGUUAGAAGACACUUGGAAGCUGGGACUCCAGUGGAAGCCAUUUUGGCCCGAUUGGGUCAAGCCAACAGACUGUUGUGGGUGGUGACUGGGAAAGGAAUAAAAGCAGCAAGUGAGUCAGCAGGAUUGGCUUGUGGAUAUGGUUCCAUCCCGACCGAGGGGAGGGAAACGGCGAGCCAACGACUUUGUUGCGUGUGCCGCUGUGAUUUAGGCUACGCCAGCAGCAGAACCACCACGCGUAAAAUGGACACUUGUUCUCGCGCAUACAGUACAUCUCCAGAUCCUUCCUUCGCCGUCGCAGCAGAAAAGGACACCAAGAAACUUUGUGAGCGACGGCCCUAUCCCAGAAACGUACAAUAUGAAUUGAACACUGCUGAAAUAAGCUCCACCAACCAUAUCCCAAAUUGCCAUCCACUACAAAUAACUAUCAGGUUUUUUUCUGUUGCACUAAAAACUACAAUGUCUGUAUCCCUUAGUAACCCUGAAUCCCUUUCCCUGACGUCUUUUCCUGUUCCUGCCUGUCUUUAGCAGUCUUAACAAUAUUCUCUGAAAUCUCUCACACGCACAUAAAAACCACACACGGUCCAUUAUCUCAUCUCGUUAUUACCUGUUGAAACCAACGAAGACUGAGACCACUCUCAGUGUUACUUAUCUACGUUGCAAGUAGGGAUGUCACAGUGCGUGUAAAAAAAAAAAAAAAAUACUUCCUUUACUUUUCUUAAACAUGGGGGGGGGCAGCGUCUUCUUUCAGUGUUUUCUUUUAGUUUCAAAUUUCUGUUAUGGUGUGGAGUGGGAGGGCAAGGAGAGUGUGAUUUACAAAAACGAGUUCCAGGUGAAGUCGUGAAAGCCGCCGCCGUAGAUGUACGUACGCUAAAGCCAGAAGCUGAAUGCGGUCAAGCCGUACAGGGAGAUGAGGGGCUAUUCACUGUUUUUCCAUGCCAGUCGGUGUUCUUCUUCAGCAUUUAGCAGCAGUCUAGAACAUUUGUAACGUUAGGCGUAUAUACUGGAAGGAUUGCAUCCCCCGGUACCUACGGUACUGUGGAAAAAUGAGUACCGGCACGUUUUCAGAAUGUUGGUACGGAAGUAUCGGUUCUCGUGACAUCCCUAGUUGCAAGGUUUUAAAAAUAGAACCGUAAGCACUGAUAAUACAGGGAUACAUACACUUCCACACGCACGCAGCACUCACACACACACACACACACACACACACACACACACACACACACACACAGCAAUACGUCGAUCAAGCAGUACAGUUUCAGCCCAGCAAUCUCCAGGCCUGCUGUGUUCGCACCGUACUUUGCUCACUAUCACUGUGAAUGAAAGCCAUUCUGCAACCGGGUUAUGGCUCAGACAGGGUACCGCUGGCUUAGUAACUCUGACAUGUCACUGUGCCUCACAGAGGUCGCUAAUACAAAUAAACAGAAGCAUAUAUUUAUAUAUAUAAAUUAGGGCCGG